AGGAACCGGUCAUAGAACGAGGGGCCACAGGGGCCCGGAUACCGGGGACAGGCCUCACCUGUGUGCAGGAGAAUAUCUUCCCUCUAAUAACUGAUAAGCCACAGCAUUAACCCCUUAAGGACGCAGGGUUUUUCAGUUUUUUCAUUUUCGGUUUUUCCUCAAUACCAUCUAAAAAUCAGAACGCUUUCAAUUUUGGACAUAAAUUCCAUUUGAUGCUUAUUUUUUGCGCCACCAAUUCUACUUUGCAGUCACAUUAGUCAUUUUACCCAAAAAUCUACAGCGAAAUGGAAUAAAAAAUCAUUGUGCGACAAAAUGAAGUCCAAUGUACGGUAUGUAUUAUUCCCCCCGAGAGUGUUCAGGCCUCCGGGAGCACAAGAGGGUAACACCAGGAGCAGAAGGGACCACAUAGAGGAGCGGGUUGGUGCUCGGGCGGAACCUUAUUGCUGUGCGCUGUGCCUGGGGAAGCGAUUAUAAGGACACCGCGCGUUACGAGCUUCGUUGUCAUGGCUGCGGGAGCGCGGAUGAUUGACAGGUCAUGUGAUCUUUGUUGACGCUGCCCCCACGGUCUGCACCAUCCUCUGCUGGUCGGGGGCUCCCAGCAGAUAAGAUGAGGCUCAUUUUGCGGCUUCUAGUUUCUCACGGUGAAGGACAGAAGCUUCUAGAAGGUCCACAAUGAGCACGGGGCGGCCGCCACUGGCUGAGAAGUCAAUGUCCGAGGGGUACGCCAGGCUGAGAUACCGUGAUACCUCACUGCUCAUCUGGCAGCAGCAGCAACAGAAGUUGGAGUCCGCUCCACCAGGAACCUACCUGAACCGCAGUCAGAGCAUGUGGUACUCCCAGUACGGGAACCAGUCCAUCCUGGUCCGGGACAAGAAUAGCGUCUCCCGGGACACCGGACAGUCCAAGUUCUGCUCAGUCAUGUGACUUUGUGUCAGGCACUUCGUACUGUUGGUCAUCGCUGUAGAUGGUCAGUGACUUGUACAGGAACGUGUAUAAUGCAUAACACCCUAUACAGAGCCCCCUCUACCAGUGAUGUCACUCAGUGAUGUCAUACACCGGCACCAGGAUUCAUGGGAAGAAUUAAGGGAAUAAUUUAGGUUUACAUCUUGACCUCGUCUUUACACAGUCACAGAAGGGAAGGGCAGAAGCUGAAUAAGAUGUGGCGAUCAUCUCCGCUGUGACAUCACGCCUCCUCAUCCAUGACAUCAUUAGCCUAUAGGUUAUUUAGCCUGGGAGUUUUGCUCCAGCUGAAGCUCUUGGUUGGGAGACACUACCUUGGAGCUUACGGUAGGUGUGCAACCUGCAGCAAUGCAGCUGCUGCAAAAAUACAACUACCAGCGGGCAUGCUGGGAGUUGUAGUUUACCAACAGCUGGAUGCACCCUAAUUGGGAAACUGCCUUACAGUCAAGGUGUGCAACCUGCAGCAUUCCAGCUCUUCCAAAACUACAACUCCAAGCAUACCUGGAUAGUCAACGGUAGUUUUGCAACAGCUGGAGGCACCCUAGUUGGGAAACACUACAUUAGAGCCCAGAUCUGCAACCUGCAGCUGUUGCAAAACCACCCCUCCUAGCAUGCCCAGACAGCUGUUAUAGACUCCAUACAACCGUGUUCACACAGAAUUGAAGGCGUCUCUUCAGGCUUCUGCUGCGCUGGAUACGGGGGGGACCUGGACUCCAUACGGAUAGGACGGUAUAAACUAUGGCGUAUACAUUCUUCGUGAGAUACAGAUUUGAAGCAGAAUUUAUACGCUAAAUUCCACCAUGUGACUGGGGCCUAAGCGAUGGCUGUCAUCUACCUUAAAAAUGCACCAUAGAAUGUUCUAGAAUCGCACACGGCCAUUCACGUGGCUGCAGUAUUAUCACUAUCAUUGCUGGAUAUUGUAGAUUCUGUAUUCAGAAUAAAGCUGCUACUUGUCUG